AGUUCAGCUUACGAAUUCGUGCUAUUCACGGUCCUUCACUCUCGAGCAGACAAACUCCUUACAGUCAGCCUCAGUGCCCAACAGUCCACAAGGAACCAUCGCCAAGUCCUUCGUCCUCGAUAGCUACGUGUUCGCGUCGUGUGUCCAUUUUUUUGUCUUUUUGUGCUCUUAUCCAACAUGAAGUACUUCAUUGCCAUCGCUCUGCUGUUCGCCGCCGCCCAGGCCAUCCCCAUUGAGCUGGGCCACUAUGGACCCGCGCUGGUGCAUCAUGCGCCCGUACUGGCCCAUGCCGUCCAUGCCGAGCCUGUGGCCUAUCCCAAAUACUCCUUCAACUAUGGCAUCAAGGAUCCCCACACUGGCGACAUCAAGUCGCAGGCCGAGGAGCGUGAUGGUGAUGUUGUGAAGGGCCAGUACUCUCUGGUUGAGCCCGAUGGCUCUGUGCGCACCGUCGACUACACCGCCGACGACCACAAUGGCUUCAACGCCGUCGUCCACAAGACCGCCCCCAAGAUCAUCCACCAUGCACCAGUUGUGCACGCCCCCAUCCUGGCGCACGCCCCCCUGCUGCACCACUACUAAGCGGUAGCUGGACCAGUCGCACAGGUGCUCUAUCUCUCAUCCAUCCGCAAGAACAGCAACCACAGCAGAAUCAUAGGAACCACAAGAAAAGAAAAGAAAAACCACAAAAAAAAUCAAAUCACACAAAAAUGUAAAAAGUAAGUGUAGCUAAGAGUUUAGUAGAACACGGGACCGCCUUCGAGGGCGUCCCGGCACCCGGCUGAUCCUGGCAUGGCAUGGACGAAGGAAAAACGAUAAGAAAAACGAUACCCAGAAGAGGAAAAACCGAGAAGAAAUUUCAUAACGACUUGGCAUUCGGAAUGACUUGAUCACAGAUCACAGAAGAGGUAUAUUGAAUGAUGGAUAACAAUGUUUUUUUUUUGGCGAAGAACGGCAGCUCUACUCACAAACGGAGGACCAGUUUUCUUAUAUGAUAUGUACUAUAUAAUAUAUGAUUAACGUUAACCAGAACCGAUUUCCCCCCAGCAGACUAUUGCACAGAGCUAUUGCCCAGAGCUGAGAGUUGGACGAAAAAACCAAGAGCAAAGGCCUCUACUCUGUCCCGCCCCUGAUCUGUACAUAGAACCCUAUUUAUAGCAUAUACUCGGUUCUAUCUAUUUUUCAAAGCUCUACCUUUUGUAAUAUAUUUAUGUGCUGUGCGCUCUCCUUUCCCCCUUUCUCUUUCUCUCUACCGCUCUACCAUUCUCUCUCUCUCUCUCUCUGUCUCUGUUUCUUAUUCUUUUUAUUUUCCGUGUGCUCUCCAAGCCUUUGUGGUGUCCGUCAAACUGUGACCCCCUUUAUCCCCAAACUGCCACGCCCCGCUUACCAUAUGCCCUGGGGCGUGCUAGCUCUCACUUCUUCAGAGAACCUUGUGCCAUUGCGGGAUGGGGGAACGGUUUGACAGGAACUGAUACUCACCCUCAGUUCAGUCGGGAUACAUUUGUGUGAAUACGACAGGUUGAUGGAUUGAUGGAGAGCCCCCCGAUGGAACCCAAUGUAAACCGAUGGGCCGGUAAUUGUGCAUUAGUAGUAGUAGUACUGCCCCCCAACCCCUCAGAAUUCUAUCUCCUAAAUAAUUGUUAUCCAAACGAACUCAUUCUGUCUCUAUAUCUUCUUAAUCUCACUCUCACUGACUCACUCACUCUCACUGACGCCGCCUCACCAUAUCUCACUCCUUCACUCUCUCUGUCUCCCACUGUCUCAUGUCUCUCUGUCUGUCUCACUCACUCUCAGUCUGACACUUUUGUAUCUAGUUUCAUUUUUUGCAUUUAGUAUUUUUUUCACAUCUAUUGUGUAUUUAUAAACAAUUAUGGAGCUUAAUUUUAAACAAGAAAAACCACAACGAAAAACAUAGGAAAAAUCCACACAAAAAAAGAAACGAUCUUUGUACUCAAUCUGUAGGCCUACGCGAAGGCAGCGGCAAAAACGAUCGAUGAAAACAGAAGGAAAAAACGCGAAAAAAACCAACCAACUCUCACAUGUCUCUCACGUCUCAAAGGUUCAUUUGGGCCUUACACUUAUGUACUAUAUAUUCCCACAUAAGCAUUUGUGUGCAACAACAGCAACAGCAACAGCGA